UCUUUUCGAGUUGAUUGAAUUCUUGUUUAUAUCCAAACAGUUUAAGAAACGAUUUUAACAAAAGUUGAAGCACUAAAAAUAUACGUUGGUUUCGUUGUAAUUCAUCGAUUUUGUAGCGAAAUGUCAACGUACUAUUUCCUCACUCCAUUGUUGACAUUUUACACUUAAAAUGCUUUCUAAAGGGUUAAAACAGCUUAUUACGAGGUGUACGAAUAAUACAAUAUACAGGACCGUCCGGCUAAACCCCUCAUUAGAAAUAUUAGAAAAUGGUUUAUUACUUCUGCCUCUCCCUAAAAUCUCGCAAAAAAACUCCAAAAACAGUCGAUUCCAAAUACCACAGCGUCUUAAACACCGUUUUAGAAAAUUUGCGGGUUUUUAAAAGAGAAAAGACCAAGAAACCCGUCAAAAUCCUAAAACUUUUAGACAAAAUUAUCCCAAAAUCGUACUUUGGAACAACGUCAAACCGCAAACGUUUCUACAAAGUGGUUGAAAAAAUUCUAACACAAUCGAGAUUUGAAUGUAUGCAUCUGUCAGUACUCUACAAAUACUACGAUUACGACGAAAUUCCUUGGUUGAAGGACUUUGAACCGAACAUCCAGCACAAGAUUCUACAACAACACAACUUAUUUCUUCUCGACUAUGUUGUCAAACCUUUGAUUGCGUUUUAUUACAAACCUGUGAGAACUUUAAAUGGAUACGAAAUUAAAUUUGUACGAAAAGAAAAAUUUCAAUCAUUCCAAAGUAAAAUAUUUCAUAAAAUGAAAAAAAUGGAAUAUUUAAUUGAAGUCAAAGACGACGACUACGUGAAACCACGUGGCGUCUUGAUCAUAAUUCCAAAAGAAGACAAUUUCCGUGCACUUGUUAGCAUUUUCCCAGAUCCGGGGAAAAAAUCUUAUUACAAAGUCCUAACUUCGAAAAUAUACAAAGUUAUCGAAGAAAAAUUUAAGAAAAAAGAGUCCCUCUACAAGUAUUGGUCAGAAUUUACCCAAAAAACACAAACCCCAAUUUAUGGUAUCAAAAUCGACAUCAGAGACGCCUACGGAAACGUGCAAAUUCCAAUUCUUCGUAAUUUAAUUUUGUCCCUUCCGACCCAAUUCCUCAAUAAGGAGGAGAAAAAAUUCGUUAUAAACCACAUCACCAACCAGUUUGUCUCCUUCCGGAGAAAAACCUACAAGUGGAACCACGGAUUGCUACAGGGUGAUCGAUUAUCAGGCUGUUUGUGUGAACUCUACUUGGCGUUCACAAAUGACAUUCAUUUUCCCGUUUUUGACGACGAUGGUUUUGUCCAUCGAACAGUUGAUGAUUUUUUUUAUUGUUCGCCACACCUUGACAAAAUUUACCGUUUUGGAGAACACAUCCGAUACGCUCAUCAGGUGAAUUCUACCAAAACUCGAACAAAUCUAUCAACUUUUCACCAUCCACAAGAUGAAAUUCCCUACUGUGGUAAAAUUUUCAAUAUGACGACGCGACAAGUGAGAACUCUAUAUAAAGUUACUCCACAAUUCGAGAUACGUCACAAAUUCAGACUUUGGAAUUUUAAGAAUCAAAUCGGUGAUGAUAAUCCGAGGAGAUUUUUAGAAAAAGCGAUGGAGUUUUCAUUCAUUUCAAACAGUUUGACAAAAUUUGAAAUGAAUACAGUUUUCAAUAACCAAAAGACAGUUCUUGAGAAUUUUUACGAUGCAAUGAUUUGGGUUGCUUUUAAGUUUGACGCUGCUGUUAUGGCAUUAAGGUCCAGUUUUUUGAACUGUGAUUUUAGUUAUAUUUGGAUAGUUUUGAAGUCGACUAUUGGGACGUAUUCGUCGCGGGUUUUUAAGAGAAUUGAUAGGUUGAAGGGCGGUAACUAUAAAAAUAUAACGUUUAUAUGCCUAAAAAUCAUAGCAUGGAGGGCAUUUCUUGCCGUUUUUAAACGCAGAAGUGUUAUUUAUCGAAAGUUAAUUAAUAAAAUUAAAACUGGAACUAAUUUGACUAUGAAGUUUCAUGACGACGAAGUGGAACCGACCUAUUUUUGUACAUUGCCGGAAAAAUUUCGGUGUCUCAAAAUUAACAGGAAAGCCCCAAUUUAAGUUUUUUUAUAAGUGUUUUGUUUAAUUCAUAACUUUUAUUAAGAAUAAUUGUUUAAAUAAAAUAAAUGUGUGUUGUUAAAAUUUGUA